GGCAAGCCGUUCUCGUCAAAACUAUGUUUAAACCAUUUUUCGAAAAAUUUACACACUGAGAAUUUAAAAAAAACACACUGAGAUUAAAAAACUUAAAAACACACACUGAGAAUUAAAAAUUACACACUGAGAUUUCAUAAAGACGCACUGAGAUUACAAAAAAUGAAAAACACACACUGAGAAUUAAAAAUUACACACUGAGAAUUGAAAAUUACACACUGAGAUUUCAAAAAGACACACUGAGAUGAAAUAAACUGAAAAACACACACUGAGAAUUGAAAAUUACACAAUGAGAUUUGUGCGCACAUUUUAUGCGCACAGAUCUAAUUAGCAUAGUUAUUCUGAUUCUAUUACAAGCUUAAACAACUAGGGGACAGAACUCGCUUUUCAUCUGUAGCCUGGGUUCCUGACUCAAAUUGACAUUGCGAUGUGAAGCUCAGAAUAGGCCGGGAUCCCAGACUAUUUUUAUUUGGCGCCAUGGAAUCCGCAAGGAAACUUGUCACAGAACUCGUGGAUAACGAAGCGAUGAUGACCCGGCUUGCCAAUCAGUUACAAAACAGAUCUAACCGUACGAGUCCUGUCACUAGUCUGGCCAAUUUUGCAUUCCACAGUGGGAGUUGGAAGGCAAAGGGAGGGAAAUCCCCUAGAAGCAAAUCCUUCAAGAUGAGUAAGAAGUCAAAAGGUGUGUUCAUGAAGGAGGUGGUUCUUCUGGCAGGGCCUAAUUCAAGCCUACCAAAACAAAGCAGAAAAGAAAAACUCCACCAAAAUGGCCAUGUUAUGGCAGCUAUGAUAUUUGAAAAAGACUGGGAAGAGGAGGAAGUGAUGGCAUCAUUCUACUCAGCCUUCAGUUUCCUUCCACAAACAGUAAAACUUGAAAUCAUGUUACCUUGCGGUAAUUCCUUGGUUAAGCCCCAUAUUAGUGGAGGGAAUAUGGAUGGCCAGAUUAUACACCAGAUUUUCUGUAGGAAGACUAUUUAUUUACAACCGUCGAAGCAACUUCUUGAGGAAGAUGAUACAUGUACUGUAGAAAAAGAGACAUUGGAUCUUCCAGAUUUGCAUCCACCAAAAAAACGUCAAGAUACAUGUUCAAAGGAACAAAAGACAAUGGAUCUUCCAGAUUUGCAUCCUCCAAAAAAACGUCAAGAUACAUGUUCAAAGGAACAAAAGACAAUGGAUCUUCCAGAUUUGCAUCCUCCAAAAAAACAUCUCAAGCCAAACUAUGAAGGAACUGAGAGCAUGUCAUUUAAGGAUAGCAGACCUAAUAUAAGUGACAGAACAGAUGCAUGUAAUAUUACACAACUUGAUGAUCUUUACAUGAAAAUGGUAGGAGCAAUGGAUGAGGAUGAGGCUCUUGAAACAGCUAUUCAAGAAAGUGUUGAUGAAUAUACUAUAACCUCAAAAUCUGAAGAGCGUGAGUCAGCAUAUGGAAGGUAUGAACAAGUACAGGGUAGAACACCAGAAGAGGUCAGGGGUAUUGUAUCAGCAUGGGCAGAUAGCAAAAUAUCUGGGGUGGAUAGAAGGCUCAUUGUAUCCAGAAAUACAGUUUUCAAAUCUUCUCUGAUGUAUUUCAAGAGGGAUGCAUUUGUCAAGAAAGCUAGCCUUUUAAAGGUCAGUUUUACAUCAGAUGAAGGUAGUGUGGAGGAUGCAGCUGAUGCAGGGGGACCCAGGCGUGAAUAUUUCCGACUUCUCUGGCAGUCUGUCAUUGAGUCCAGUGGUCUUGUUACAGGUUGCCGUAAUAGAGGAUAUACUUUGCGCCCUAAUUAUGGUGCCCAGGCAAGAGGGGAAUAUAUAGCUUUGGGUAUUAUGAUGGCCACAGGGAUUAUACAGGGUUCGGAAGCACCUGCACUAUUUGUUCCCUCAAUGGUGGAUGCAAUUGUGGGAACUUCAACAGUCAUAAGUCAGGUUGAUGAUGUGGUAGAAGAAUACUAUCACCAACAGCUAAACGAGGUUGAAAAUGCAACUUGCGACAAUGAAGUUAGAGAAGCAGUUGACAAAAAUAGAUGGUGGGAAGAGAUAGAUGGAAUAAUGUCGAGGGUAACAAUGGAUAAUAAGGAGGAAUUUAUUGGAGUUGCAGCCUCUUAUCUGACCACACUCAGAUGCAGCUCAAUGAUCACUGAUUUGAAGAAGGGGCUGGAAACAUAUGAUGUACUAAAACUAGUCAUCAAGGAGAAUCUAAGAGAUCUGUUCGAGUACAAAAAGGUCAGAAUCAAUUCGUCUGACCUUUUGGCAUUACUGAAGCCAAGGUUCUCCCAUGAUCCAAGGAAGAAAGAGCACGAAGAAUUGGUGCUAGUCAAUUUUCAUCAUUUUGUUGAAUCAAUUCAAGACAAUGAACUGGAGACAGUCCUUAAAGAAGGAGAUGUUAUUCUUACAACGACAAUGAAUGAGUUCAUCAGAGAAUUAGAGCCAAAACAUAUCCUUGUUUUUGCAACAGGAUCAAGCAGAAUACCCACAACUGGGUUCCAUCCAAAACCUGCGGUGACAUUUCACCAUGACAAUACACAAUACUUUCCAUGUGCAGUGACUUGUUCAAAUGAGUUGCAGUUGUUUGUAAAUGCUGCAAAUACCAAUCUGUAUGUAUUUGCAAGUAACUUUUUGGUUGGGUUGAUGAAUGGAGGUACUUUCAGUAAAUGUUAAUGUAUAAACAGUGAUUGUUGCUCAGACCAUUGUAGAUUACUGUACAUUAAAUGUUAAGCUAAUAUAAACAAAACAAAUAUUAGCAUAAUGCUAUUUCUUGGCCACACAUUAGCUUUAACUUAAAAUAAAAUAAAAUGAAAAUAAUCCUAUUCAUUUUUUCAUCAUUAGCCACAAGUCAGAUAUGAAUCAAUCCAAAUGUUGUAGAAUUUUAAAAUUAUCAAUUACAGAAAUGAAUGGGAACUGUUGACUAAAAAAGUUAAUCUGUUCACUCACAUUUUUGAAGAAAAACUUUCAAAAAUUAAUGAUACACUUGUAGAGAUUUAUUUUUUUCAUUUAAUGAACUUAGAUGACUUAGUGGCAAAACAAUUGCAAUAUAGCCAAAGUUGCUUCUUAUAAUUUUAUCUGAUGAUGAAAAGAAUUUGUACUUUUUUUGGUCAAUUUUGGAUGCAAGUAAUGCCCUGACCACAUUGAAGUUCUUUGUAUAUCAUUUUUAUUUAAAAGUAGAUAUUUAUCAUACAAAUCAUUUAUAUGAGUAGUAAUGGCCAAAUUUGAUAUGACGGUUGUUUUGUUGUUUUUUGCAAUAUUUUAUAUUUUGUUUUUGAUGCAUCACUUAUUUACAUCAUAAGCAUUGAUGUUUAUGGGAAGCCAUUCUUGUCAAAACUAUGUUUACGCCAUUUUUCCAAAAAUUUACACAAUGAGAAUUGAAAAUUGAAAAUUAUACACUGAGAUUAAAUAAACUGAAAAACACACACUGAGAAUUGAAAAUUACACACUAAGAUUUAUAUGCACACUACUAAUGAAUAUAAUAAGGAUGAAGUUUUCAUUUUCCAUUUGCGAUAUAAAUUUGUGAUUCCCAAACCAUCUUUUAGCUACGUAUUCUAGAAAUUUGUAUUCACCGCCAUCUUGGUCAGUAUCAAUGUUGUAUUCCAUCUCUUGCAACCACUCUGGCAUAUCCACUGUUGACAGCUUUACAUUCCAGUAUCUCUUCAAAACAGACCUUGCCUUAUCAUAGAAACUUUUUGGCUUCAUAAUGAUUUUCUCCUUGUCAUUGAUUACAUACUCUAUAAGUACAUUUGUCCCAGGAAGGACAAUGCCAUGUUCUCCACAUGUCACAAAAUCCACAUUUUUAUUUUUUUUUAAAUCUCAGUGACUAAAUUCUUUGAAUAAUGGCUUAAACAUAGUUUCAACAUAGUUUUGACGAGAAUGGCUUGGCAUAGAGGUUUAAGUAGUUCAUUCUAGUCAUGUUUGAUGUUAGUAGAAUUAAGUUUACAAGCAUUUUUUUCAAUAUAAAUACUCAAUUUGUUUUACGUGUGUACAUAUAUUUCUUAUCGUUGUGCACCUUACAUGUUUUUCUAUUGCCUUUACUGUGCGUGGUGAUAUAUUAUUUUUAUAAGACAGCAACAAAAUGUGUGGUUUUAUUAUUGUAUAGGUGUGUUCGUCGUACUAGACAAAUGUUCCUGAAAUUUUUAACAUAAUGGUCCUUGCCACUAAAUGAAGCAUGACAUUUGAAACUGAGAUUGUAACCCCACUUGUUUCAAAAGAAGAGGGCCAAAGGGGCCAAUAAGGGGGUGUUCUUAUUUCAAUGUGGAUCAUUUAUUUUGAUACUGAUUUUGAUGAUAUUUUUGGUCAGGUUGGACAAAGUUCAAAACCUGUUUAUCGAUGGGCGGGGAAAAGUAGGUACAUAAAUUGUGUAAUCAAUUCUCCUACAGUUUUCAUCCCAGACCCCUGAAACUUCACAGGAAGAUUGUCAGAUGUUAGCUCAAGUUUUUCUUCUUUUAUAGAUUCAUAAUGAAAUAGACUGCCUGUGAUUUUCCAAACAAAUUUGAUUGACCUAUAAAGGGGGCUAAAAGGACUGAUGUCCAAACUAUUUACAACGUCCUACAUGUAUUUGAAACUACAUGUGUUCUAUCAUUUACAUCAAGACUUGCUGUGUUUUUAUUAAGCUGCCGCUACAUAUAGCCCUACAUAUGCCUUUCCUGUGCAAUUCCUAUUUGUUAAGGUCAAUUAACUUAUAUAGUUUUAGUGCUAUACUAUUUUAGUGACGAAUGACAAAUUCCAGAUCUUGUUUGAUAUUAAGUCUUCAUGUUGACUUUAAAAACAUAAAGACUUUUUUUUAUGAAGUAUUUGUUUAUAUAUAAUAUAUAUAUAUUUGUUUUGUCAAAUAUUAUUUUUACAACUUUAUGUUCAAGUAUUCUAGUCUUGUUUAAUCUUAUAUUUGUUUUGUCAAAUAUUAUUUUUACAACUUUAUGUUCAAGUAUUCUAGUCUUGUUUAAUCUUAUAUUUGUUUUGUCAAAUAUUAUUUUUACAACUUUAUGGUCAAGUA